AGGCUCACAGGUGUAAUGAGUGUAUGCAGAAAGAAACGAACGGUCUAGAUUAACAACGGACAGGAAAGCUGGAAAAUCAGCAAUGUGCUGGCGUCGCUUGAACCUGAUUCUCCAGCUCUGAACUAGUUGAUUUCAAUCCUUUCCUAACAUACGAAUCGAUCAAUCAACCCACUGAGAUUAGGGGUGACUAUCGGAUGGAGAUGGACUACGUGACCGGGUUUCCUCACUCUCACGUGGAUCGGCGUCCCAGGAAAAGGGCCAAAUUAGCUUGGGAAUUUCCUCAAACCCACUCCAAGGCUUAUUCAGGGAUGUGUUAUGGACAAGAGGUUGCAAAUAUGACAAACUUUGGAGCAACAAGGAUGCUCCCUGAACACGCUGGCCUAUUUGUGAAGGGGUUGGCUGAAAAGAGUUCUCCCCCAUGGAGAGAUGACGACAAAGAUGGACAUUACGUAUUUGCACUUGGUGACAAUUUAACACCCCGAUAUAAGAUCCUCCGAAAAAUUGGUGAAGGUACUUUCGGUCAGGUUCUGGAAUGUUGGGAUAGAGAAAUGAGGGUGCUGGUGGCUAUAAAGGUUGUUCGAAGUAUUAAGAAAUACCGUGAAGCAGCAAUGGUAGAAGUUGAUGUGCUUCAGUUACUUGGGAAGUAUGACAGGAUUGGGAGUCGCUGUGUUCAAAUACGGAACUGGUUUGACUAUCGUAACCAUAUCUGUAUUGUAUUUGAGAUGCUUGGACCAAGCUUAUAUGAUUUUCUACGGAAGAACAAUUAUCGCCCAUUUCCAGUUGAUCUUGUCCGUGAGCUAGGCAGACAACUGUUGGAAUGUGUAGCAUUUAUGCAUGAUUUGCGUCUCAUCCACACCGACUUGAAACCUGAGAACAUACUUUUUGUUUCCCCAGAAUAUGUAAAAGUACCUGACUACAAGGUUACAUCUCGGACACCAAAAGAGGGAACCUUUUAUAAGAGACUGCCAAAGUCAAGUGCUAUCAAGGUCAUUGAUUUUGGCAGCACAGCCUAUGAGCACCAAGAUCACAAUUACAUUGUCUCUACUAGGCAUUAUCGGGCACCUGAGGUUAUUCUUGGACUUGGGUGGAGUUUCCCUUGUGACAUAUGGAGUGUUGGAUGCAUUUUGGUAGAGUUAUGCUCGGGAGAGGCCUUGUUUCAGACGCAUGAGAAUUUAGAGCACCUAGCUAUGAUGGAGAGGGUUUUAGGCCCAAUGCCUGUGCACAUGUUGAAAAGAGCAGACCGGCAUGCAGAGAAGUUUGUCAGAAGGAGUAGACUGAACUGGCCAGAGGGGGCAGUCUCUCGAGAAAGCAUCAAAGCUGUAUUGAAACUACCACGUCUUCCUAAUCUAGUAAUGCAGCAUGUGGAUCACUCUGCAGGGGAUCUGAUUGAUCUUUUGCAAGGUCUUCUUCGUUUUGAUCCCUCCAGUAGAUUGACAGCUCACGAGGCGCUCCGGCAUCCCUUCUUUACAAAGGAGCAUUACCGGAGAUUUUGAGAUAGUCCCGCCUUUUGACAUUUUAGAUGCAAUUGCGAGUGGCUGGGUUUCGUGUCUGCAAGUGUGCGGUGCUUGGUUAUAUUUGAAUGAUGAUGUGUGUCAGUUCUGUGAAUGGUGUUUUGUUGGCGCUUUGGCUUGGUGCAAGAGCAAAAGUUUUUCCUCUUCUAUCAUAGUAGUAUUUGUAGAUAAAUUUGUUAUCUGGAGAACCAUUCUCCGCGCCCAAUUUUGUACGACCAAAAUGUAUUAUAUAAGCAUUUCACUCCUCGGGUUAUGUCUUGUUUUCACGAGGUGACGUGUUUUGAGGCUUCAUUUACAGUAUUCUACUCUAGUCAUCGGCCAGUACUUUAAGUAAUACUUCAGUCA